UAAAAAUAUAGAAAUAAGAAAAAAGAAUUCCCUCCAAUGCUGUGCCCCCCCACGCCGCUUUGCCAACGCAAUCCUCAAAGGCACACCACCCGCCUCUCUCUCUCUCUCUCUCUCUCUCUCUCGCUCGCCACCGCCCGAAUUUUUCUGUGUUCUUUCUUCCCCACCGCCUCUUCCUCCUUCCCCCGCCUCUGUCUCCAAUCCAGACGAAGACCGGAGACAGAGACGCGCCAUCGAGAAGGAGAACAAUACCUAUCUUUCACAUGUAAGCGUAACCACAAUGGCGGAGAGGAGGAAGCUCUGCCUCGCCGCCGUCGUCCAGUUCGUCACGUUCGUCGUGGCGUUGGAUCUGGCGCGGCAAUGCGGUGCGGCCUCGCCCUCCUCCUCACCGGACGCUAAGGCCAUGUGGGACCUGGCGCGCGCCCUCUCAGGGUUGCCAUCCUCCUGGAAGUCCGGCUCCGACCCCUGCGACCCCGAGUGGGAAGGCGUUACCUGCUCGGCUGGUCGCAUCUCCGGCAUCAACCUGGGCUCUCGUGGCGUCUCUGGAACCCUUCCGGUCUCCCUCUCCGCCCUCACUUCCCUCUCCUCCCUACGGCUCCAUCGCAACCGCCUCUCCGGCCCCGUCCCCCUCCUCUCCAGUCUCUCCUCCCUCCAGACCCUCUUCCUCGACGGCAACGCCUUCGACUCCCUCCCCGACACCUUCUUCGCCGGCCUCUCCGCCCUCCAGGAGAUCUCCCUCGACGACCUCCCCCUCGCCCCCUGGAGCAUCUCCCAUAACCUCUCCGCCGCCGUCGGCCUCGCCGACUUCUCCGCGUCCAACUCUUCCCUCUCGGGGACCCUCCCCGACUUCCUCGGCUCUCUCCUUAACCUCCGCGUUCUCCGCCUCUCCUACAACCAGCUCACCGGCUCCAUCCCCUCCUCUCUCGCCGGCUCCGGCAUCCAGCAGCUCCUGCUCAACAACCAGCAGGACCGCGACAAGCUCUCCGGCAGCAUCGACGUCCUCGGCGCCAUGCCCCAGCUCACCAUGGUCUGGCUCCAGUCCAACAGCUUCACGGGGCCCAUCCCGGACCUAUCCAACGUCACCGCCCUCGAGUCAUUCAACGUCCGCGACAACGCCCUCACCGGCGUCGUCCCGCCAUCCCUCACCUCCUGCCUCACCCUCAAGAACGCCACCCUCUCCAAUAACCUGCUUCAGGGGCCCUUUCCGCAAUUCGCCAGCAAGUUCGCCACCCUCGAUGUCGGUACGGGUAACCAGUUCUGCACAUCCGCCGCCGCCCCCGGCCCCUGUGACCCCCGGGUCACGGCGCUGCUCGCGGUCGCCGAGGGGUUCGGAUACCCGGCUGUGCUCGCCAAGUCGUGGAAGGGGAACGAGCCCUGCGGCGCCAACUGGCUGGGCGUCACCUGCGACGCGCAGAAGAGCGUUACCGUUCUCAACUUUGCGAGCCAACACUUCGGCGGGGUCAUCUCCCCAGCCUUCGCCAACUUCACUUCGCUGCGUCAGCUGCACCUGAGCAACAAUGACCUCACUGGCUCGAUCCCAGACAGCUUGACGCAGCUCCCGCAGCUCCAGGUGCUGGAUGUCACCAACAACAACCUCUCUGGAAAGAUGCCGUCUUUUUCCAGCUCCGUCACACUCAAGCUGGAGGGCAAUCCCAAGCUUGGGACCGACUCUGGCUCAAGUGAUGGAAGUUCUUCCGGGAUGUUCGGUUCUUCACCUGGACAGUUUGGUGGAUCUAAGGCAGGGGGCAUGAUUGCAGGUAUAGUCGUCGCUAUGGUGGUUCUUGUUGGUUGUUUGGCGGCACUUUUUCUGCAUCGUCGCAAGAAAAAGCAAGAGGAAAAGUUGGGACAUGUUCCAACAGGAACCCCUCCAAAUGAGCCAGAGUUGAUUAAUAUUGGAUCCAACAGAAUGAAUGCGAAUGGCAGAGGCUUGGACCCGCUUUACACUCAAAGCGGUGCCGACAGAGCAAGCGCAUAUGUGGGCGAAGCUCAAGGCAUGUACAUGUCGAUCCAGAACCUCCGAAAGGCCACAAAUAAUUUCAGCGAAGAAAACAUCCUGGGCAGGGGUGGAUUUGGGGUCGUGUACAAAGGGGAUCAUAAUGGAACACUAAUUGCUGUGAAGAGAAACCAGUGCGAUGUGAUGGGUAAGAAGGGGAAUGAGGAGUUCAAAGCAGAGAUUGAUGUUCUUAGGAAGGUCAGACAUCGGAACUUGGUCGCACUUCUUGGCUACUGUGAUGAUGGCCAAGAGAGACUUUUGGUGUAUGAGUACAUGUCAGGGGGUACACUGGGGGAGCACUUGUUUGAAUGGCAGAGUAGAAAUGAACCCCCACUAACUUGGAAGCAGCGGCUGACAAUUGUACUGGAUGUCGCUAGGGGGAUCGAGUACUUGCAUAGCUUGGCUCAGGAGAGUUUCAUUCACAGAGAUUUGAAGCCUUCUAACAUCCUCUUGGACAAGGACUUAAGAGCCAAGGUUUCUGAUUUUGGGUUGGUCAAGCUUGCUGCAGACAAUCAGAAGUCAAUGAUGACACGGUUAGCAGGGACAUUUGGAUAUCUGGCACCUGAGUAUGCUACUACAGGGAAGGUGUCGACCAAAAUUGAUGUUUAUGCAUUUGGCGUGAUACUAAUGGAGCUAAUUACUGGAAGAAAAGUACUAGAUGAAUCGCUUCCCCCUGAAGAUUGCCAUCUGGUGGCAAUAUUCCGCAGAGGAAUUUCUCAUGAAAAGAAAACUUUUUUGAAUGCCAUGGUUGAUCAAGUUCUUGAACUCGAUGAAGAAGAUCAACAGAGCCUGGCAGAAGUUGCAGACUUGGCGUGGCAUUGCACGGGCCGAGAGCCCUACCAGAGGCCUGACAUGAGCCACGCAGUCAAUAAGCUUUCUCCCCUGGUUGACCAAUGGAAGCCCACCACCAACUGUACUGAUGAAGAUGAUGGCGACAACUCGAGCAUGAGUCUGACCCAAAGACUUGAGAGGUGGCAACGCAAUAACACCAAUUCAGCAACAGACUCAUUUGGUUUCACUUUCAAAUGAAGUCUAAUUAUAAAUGGUCAUAAAAUGCUUCCCAAGGGCUUCUUCUGCAAUGUUCUGAUUCGUAUUGUGGAGCUGAGGGAAAAAAAGGGAAAAAAAAAAGACUAUCGGGAUGUUUCCUGUAGUAAACAGCUUUUUGUUGGUAGACAAUGGAGGCGAAUGAUGUUCUUUCAGUCUCACUCGGGAUGCCAUCAUAAACUGCCAUGGAGCGUCAACCUAAUUCUACUUGGUUUGCUACUGAAACCGGUAUUGUUAUCCAGUAAUCGAAGAUUGAACUCAACUAGUAUCUUUUAUUUU